AUGGCUGUUCCUUGGCCAGUUGACUACCAGGCCCUGCCUCAUACAGAUGUUGCCGGUCUGCUGGUUUGUGGGACUAGUUCUAUGUGGGGCUCACUGAAAGGCUGGGAAUCCCAGCGAUGGAGCCAGCCUGCUGGUAAUGAAUUAGGAUGGACAGAAUGGAGAUAUGGAAAAAUAGGACCACUGGGACUGCCUUUGUUCUCCUGGGACUGUUUUACCAAAUCCAGACCCCCCAAGCUACUUUUUACUUUCAUCUUCCUAGUUUUUCUUGUCGCCCAUAUUGUCAAUGUUAUGAUGGUGAUUCUCAUUUGGUUGGACUCUCACCUCCAUACUCCUAUGAAAUUUCUUCUCAGUUAACUUUCUUUGAUGGACCUCUUGUAUAUCUCACUUUUGUCUGGAAAAAACAACAUUUCCUAUACUAAUUGUGUAAUUCAGCAUUUCCUGUUCAUGACUCUGGUGGGAGCAGAGUGCCUUCUCGUGGCAGUCAUGGCUUACGACUGCUAUGUGGCAAUAUUGCAUCCCCUCCACUACUCAGUUCUCAUGUGCCCUACAGUUUGCAUUUUCAUGGUGGUUGGCACUUGGCUGGAUGCACUUCUCAAUGCCUUCAUCAAUGUUGUCUAUGUUCUGAAUCUUCCUUAUUGUGGCUCCAGGGACAUCCAUCAUUUCUUCUGUGAGAUCCCAGCUCUUCUGGAACUUGUUUGUGCUGACACUUCUCUUUAUGAAAAUGGUUUUUUUGUCAGUGGUGUUGUAUUUCUCCUCUUUCCAAUAUCUGCCAUAAUGGCUUCAUAUGGGCAGAUUCUCUACACUGUUUUGAGAUUAGGAUUAAAUAUGGGGAUGAGGAAGACUUUGGCAACGUGUUCUUCCCAUAUGAUUGUGGUGACUCUCUUCUAUGGACUAAUCAUCAUCAAGUAUUUUCUUCUCAAAGCCUAUCACACUGCUGAGCAGGACAAAGUGGUCUCUAUCUUUUACACCAUCCUCACUCCCAUGCUCAAUCCCCUCAUCUACAGUCUGAGAAACAGAGAGGCUGGAGCCCUCAGGAAAGUCUUCAGAAGAAAAGUAACCAUAAGAAGUUGA